UUGCCUCCUCUCCACAAUCUGAUAUAGACAUCUUGUGGCCUCGGCUUGGUGGGGCUGGAGAACGUCUUUUCUCAAUUGUGUUAUUGCAGUUUCAUGUGAGGGUGCUCCUCCUGUCCAAAUGGGAGAAAGAUAUCCUCACAUGUUCUUGAUCCUCCUACUUUUUCAUGGAGCCCAUGCGGCUUUGAAAGAUCCAGUACAGAAAUGGCAGACUCUUGGAGGUCAGCGUCCUCUUGUCAUUGCUCGUGGAGGGUUCUCCGGCUUGUUUCCUGAUUCAAGCCAGUUCUCGUACCAGUUUGCAAUGUCGAGUAGCUUGCAUGAUGUGGUUCUGUACUGUGAUCUGCAAUUGUCCAGUGAUGGUUUGGGCUUCUGCAAAACUGGAUUGACAUUAGAGAACUCGACGCUUAUCGCCGAAGCCUUCCCUAAGAGGGCCAAGACAUACAAGGUGAAUGGAGAGGAAAUCCAUGGGUGGUUUGCUUUGGAUUUCACCGCAGACGAGCUGUAUCAGAAUGUCACAUUGAUCCAGGACAUCUUUUCUCGCCCAAGCACAUUUGAUGGAGCCAUGGGAAUGUUUACCCUUGAAGAUCUUGUCGGACUCAAGCCCCCACAUUUAUGGGUUAAUGUAGAGUAUGCUUUAUUUCUCCAGGAGCACAAAUUAAGUGCCGAAGAUUACAUAUUAGGAUUACCAAAAGAUUUUAGUGUCGCUUACAUCUCCUCACCAGAAAUUGGAUUCUUGAAAAACGUGGGUGCUAAGCUCAAGAAAAGCAACACCAAGCUAAUUUUCCGGUUUCUUAGAGAAGACGUCGCUGAGCAUACCACCAAGAAAACGUAUGGAGAGAUCCUGAAAGACCUGAAAUCCGUCAAGGCCUUUGCAUCAGGGAUUCUUGUCCCCAAGGAAUACAUUUGGCCAUUGGGCAAGGACCAGUAUCUGCGGCUGCCUACUAGUUUGGUCAAGGAUGCACAUGCCCUUGGGCUUGAAGUUUUUGCCUCUGGAUUUGCCAAUGAUGUCUCCAUGAGUUACAACUACAGCUUUGAUCCCAGUGCAGAGUACUUGCAGUACAUUGGCAAUGCAAACUUCUCUGUCGACGGCGUGAUAACGGAUUUCCCUCCCACUGCAUCAGGAGCUGUUGCGUGUUUGGCAAAUACCAAGGGCAAUCCUCUUCCUCCUCCUGGUGGUGAUGGAGGCAGGCCACUGAUCAUAACCCACAAUGGCGCGAGCGGCGUCUACCCGGGCAGCACUGACCUCGCAUAUCAGCAGGCGGUGAAAGACGGCGCCGACAUCAUCGAUUGCGCGGUCCGGAUGUCGAAAGACGGCGUGGCCUUCUGCCAGCCAUCUGCAGACCUCAGCACCAGCACGACGGCGUCCACCAGUUUCAUGACCAAAAUCUCCACUGUCAGUGAAAUUCAGAACAAGUCGGGCAUCUUCUCCUUUGAUCUCACAUGGAGCGAAAUCCAAACAUUAAAACCCGAUCUUCUUGGUCCGUACACCCAGGCAGGCCUGAAGAGGAACCCCGCCGCGAAGAACGCCGGCAAGUUCGUGACAUUGCCUGAAUUCCUAGACUUGGCCAAGGCCACCAAUGUCUCUGGCAUCAUGGUCGAGAUGGAGCACGCAUCGUUCCUCGCGAAGCGAGGCCUCGGGCUGGUGGAUGCCGUGUCGGGGGCGCUGGCGAACGCGAGCUACGACAAGGAGGGCGGGCACCUGCCGGAGCUGAUGGUGGUGUCGGACGACACGUCGGUGCUGGCGGCGUUCAAGAAGUUCCCGGCGUUCAGGCGGGUGCUGAUGGUGGACGAGACGAUCAGCGACGCGUCGGCGCCGUCGGUGGAGGAGAUCAAGCAGUUCGCGACGGCGGUGACCGUCGGCCGCGGGUCGAUCGCGCAGGUGAACGGCUUCUUCCUCACGCGGUUCACCGACGUCGCCGACCGGAUGCACGCCGCCAACCUCACCGUCUACGUCGGCGUGCUCCGGAACGAGUUCAUGAACCUCGGAUUCGACUACUGGGCCGACCCCAUCAUCGAGAUCGCCACCUACGCCUUCCACGUCAUGGCCGACGGCCUCAUCACCGAGUACCCCGCCACCGCCGCCACCUACUUCCGGAGUCCGUGCAGCGAUCUGAGCCUGAACCUGAGCUACGCGAUCCUGCCGGCGGACGCCGGCGCGCUGGUGCACCUGGCAGCGCCGGGGGCGCUGCCGCCGGCGCUGCCGCCGGCGCCGGUGCUGGAGCCGGGCGACGUGCUGGACCCGCCGUUGCCGCCUGUCGCCAUUGCCAGCCCACCGGAAGAGGCGGCGACGGCGGCGAAGCCCACCGACAGCAGCAGCUCGGCGGCGGCGGCGAGAUCCAGCGCCGGCGCCGGUGGCUGCCGUGUGCUGGCCGCCGCCGUCGCUUCCCUGUUUCUGAUACUGCUGCCAUCUCAUGGCUUCCAUUGACGACGAUCUUGAUGGAUGGCAUUGUACUAACAGAUGUUUUCUCUGCGUUUUUCUCUCCUCGUAUCCUACUUUGUACUGUGUAACAUAAUGUUCUCUAAAUAGAUUAUAUGUGUAUAUGAACCUGCA